AUGGGCAAGGCAACUCCAAAAUCCGACGCAAAAGGUAAAAGUGGAAAAAAUAAAGAUGAUGAAGGGAAAGGGAUUGUUGAUACAAUCAAGUCGUUUUUCCGUGGAAAAGACCCUAGAACUCCGGUUAAGGGUGUCGCACCUAGAAUUAAAAACGUGGUGCUGAUGCACUUUAGAGGACUCUUUGGGAUGCUGGUACCGAUAUGUGCUUUAACGUGGCAGGGAAAAAAAGGAGUGAAUUCGAUCACAGUUCAAUGCAUGUGGCUUUGGAUGUUGUGGUUCUUUCUGCUGCAGCCAGUGGCCAUACCCGCAACUGGAUUGAUUCCAAUUUUCAUUCUUCCAAUGGCUGGUGUUAUGCCCACUAUUGAGACUUGUGUCUGCUAUAUGAAUGAAAAUAUAGUGCUAUUUAUACUAACGGGAAUGUUGCUUUUAUUGCUCAACAAUUCGGGGGUGGAUCGUCGUAUAGCGCUUAAGCUUUUGUGUUCCGGAGACGCUUGUCAGUUUUCCGGUAAAAGAUUGGUAUUUAAAUGUAGCACAGCGGCUUUCUUCUUAUCCAUGUUUAGUAGCAGAUUGAUUACUUCAUCCAUGAUUACGCAAAUGGUAACGCCUGCUCUUAUGGAUUUACAGUCUGCAACAUCAAGAUAUAGAGACAGCGAGCCUGAUUAUGAUGAAAUGAGGUACAUCAUUAACAACGCCAUUCAAACCGCUUCAGCUAUCGGUAGCACGGCUAUCCUGCAUUCGGCGUAUGCUACUCUUUGCUUUAAAGCAAUCUGGUGCCAGAGUGCACCGAAAGGAACGGAAUAUCCGGAUAUUUUCAAUUACAUGCAAUAUUCUGCUUUUGCGUUUCCGGUUGCUCUGCUAAUUCACAUACUAAAUUUUGCAUACCACAUGAUGCUUAUCAAUAGGUUUGUGGGAAAGCCGAUGAGUUCGAACAGUAUGAAUGAACUACGAAAAUCUCUUUUGAAACAUAAAAGUUCAUUGCCUCCAUCAGUCACAGUUCAUGAAAAGCUCACGGUAUUUUUUUCGAUUUUGGCUCUGAUAGUAUUUUUCUUCCGGUGGAGUAGCUUUCUCGAGCACAUGGGCUGGGCUGCUUUUAGUAAAGAAAAAGGGGCACCAGAAAUACCGGGCUUGAAAGACGCUACUGUUGCUGCCUUAUUUGUAAUUGCUUUACAUAUACUACCGAAAAGCUUUGGAUUUGUUAAGCUCUUAAUUGCUGAAAAGAGAAGUGAACUGCCACCGAACAAACCAGAAUCAGCCAUACUUUGGUGGCGAUUUGUCGAUAAAAAUUUGAACUACGGCUACAUGUUUCUCAUUGGGUCUGGUGUUGCUUUACAAGCAGCAAUUCAAGAUACUGGAUUAGACAAGAUUAUAGGUGCACAUUUUGGCAAAGCUUUUACGGGUCGAUCCUGGAAUACAUCAUUGUUCCUUGUAUGUUUAGUGACUGUCAUAUUUGCGAAUGUCAUGACUGGUGUAGCUGCCUGUGUUUCUUUUCUACCAUUUGUUUUGAGUAUGGCUGUUGAACCUAAGGCAAAGGUUUUCCGGAGCCAUCCAUGGCCGUCUAAGGUGUAUGUUGGUGCGCUAGGCGUUGGUGUUGGUUGUUCGUUUGGUUACAUGUUCCCUUUUAUGUAUACACCUGCUUACUUUUGUCACUACACUGGGAAAGUUCCAGUUAAAAAAAUGGCUAAAUAUUCUAUAGGUAGUGUUAUUAUCAGUCUGAUCGUGUUAUGGUUGGCAUUGGUCUAUUGGGCACCGUAUUUAUGGGAUCCCACUGACAAGGGUAUAACGCCUGUAGCCACGGCCACUGUUUCUCCAUCUGGAAAUGGAACUACCCACGCAGGAGCAGGACCAGCAGCAAAGCCGACACCACCUCCUCCGGGACCAGCAAAACCGCCAGCGAAGAAACCGUAA